AUGGCGAAACACACAGUCACCUAUCCCACACCUCACACAACCGAUGUGCAGAAUCCUCGACUGAGAAUACUCAACAAACUACGGAAUGGACAGUAUCCAGUCAUGACAUUUAUGGCACUGCCAUCUGUUCGAAUGGCCCAGAUUGUGGCUUUAACCGGAGUCGACGGCAUUAUAAUUGAUUGCGAGCAUGGCCAUAUUGGAGACGAUGCCAUGCACAACUCCGUCGCAGCCAUAUCUGCAUUGGGAGUGUCACCCAUCAUUCGCGUCCGCGGCCCAGCGCACGACAUCGUGAAACGUGCCCUCGAUACGGGUGCGCACGGCAUCAUGGUUCCUCAGAUAAAUACCGCUGAAGAGGCCCGGCAGGUGGUGGCCUCAUCCAAGUUCCCCCCACAAGGCGUGCGCGGUCAAGGCUCAGCUUUCCCUGCCAUCGCCCACGGUCUUAGCACGCCAGAAUACAUGAAAUCCGCCAACGAGACCAUCUUGACCAUGAUCCAGAUUGAGACACAGGAGGGUGUUGAGAAUGUCAAUGAGAUAGCUGCCGUACCCGGCGUCGAUCUCGUCUUCAUAGGACCCAACGACCUUGCACAAUCUCUCCUCGGAUAUGUACCUGCGAGAGGAGACGAGCAAGAGUUUGUCAACGGGAUUGACAAGAUCAUUGCGGCAGGCCGAAAGAACGGAAAAUGGGUCGGACGUAUGGUUAAUGAUGGUGCGCUGGCGAAGGAGGCCAGAAAGAGGUAUGACACAGUGGCUAUGACGGGUGACACGAAGGCCAUUCAGAAUUGGUAUAUAGCCGAACUCGGAAUUGCUCGAUCAUGA